CCCCUUAGCGCCGCUAUCUUGUCUGUUUUCUGUAAUGUAACACAUACAUACAAUUAAAAUUAGAAAAAAGGGAGAAAAAAAGUGUUUUGAAGCUCCCCAAUUGCACAUCAAAACAUUAAGCCCACAUUGGCUGCGAUACUAUUACUGUGAGGAAAUCAAAAAUAUACGGAUUUGGCUGCACAAUGGCUACUGAAGAGUUGCCUGCUGACCUGGACAAGUUGAAAAUAACACAAACUCAUCCCCUCAUCAAGACUGUGGAACGGAACCCCUUUUACGAUGCAGAUCAUGGAUUUGAUCAGUCUGAUAAUUCCGAGGCAUCAACGAGCUUAAAACUCCGAUCGCAACACCGCUGGAAGUGCAGACCACGCCGAAGGUCAGAAAGUUGCUUGCAGGACUGUAAGCAAGAUGAGUCCUUCGCUCCAGCCGUAUCCUUUGAUAUUGUUAGUCCCUUGAGCUGCUCCCACGGGGUGCAGAAGCAUUUUCAAAAACGAAAUUAUCUUGCGCCAGCGAAGAAGAACUUAUUUAGACAACCCAUUUUGAAAUCGUUAUACGGCUGCGAGCAUGGCAAGUGCAUCGUACGCAGUGGAAGGAUGUUGAUCUGCAAGCCAAAGGAUGAAACCAGUGAUAUUGUUGGCCUGGACAACGAUGAUUUAAGGCCCAAUGGCCCGUGCGUCUUUCGCGAGGUUAUAGGAGAAUGCAACGCCAUGUUAGACGAAUCUAAGAAAAGCUCUUUGGGAAACAGUUGGCACUUGUCCAAAAACUACAGCUCAUUAAGGGCCCAGCACUCGGGAAGUGAUUUAGAUGAGUCAGGAUCUUCAGGCCCUCAGAGCCAUAAGGGCGACUCCGUCUCCGUUGCCACGAGAUCCUUGUCAGCUGUCUCGUUGAUGGGAGCAACGUGCUCGCAGCAGGCCAGCUACAACUCAACAAAUCCUGGGAAUUGCGAUGACGUUACCAUCGGAGAACUGGCCAGCUACUUCGACACCAUUGUUCAUAUUCCCAAAAAAAUGUCCUCAAUGGCCGAGAUGAUGUAUAUAUAAUUGUCAUAUCGUAACCAUUAUUAAUUAAUAUCUUUUCUCUUAAUAUAUAUUCUAAAGUUAAGUGUA